AGCCUUCUCCCCUCUUCCCAACCGCCUCGGAUCCGAUAACCAGCACUCCUUGUUGACCGUCUCACGAUAGUUAAAAACACUAAAGACCAUAGACUAAUAGGUCUCUUGCUGUCCUGCGUCCUGCAUCGAUCAACUUCGACAGAUCUCGAGAACAUCGUCUGUUAAAUCUCCAACCAUGAAGUUCUUAUCACCUGCCGCCACCGUUGUCGGUCUCCUUGCUCCCAUCUCUGUUGGGGCCAACCCUCUGUCACUAUGGCCCUCUAGCCAGGCUCCUAUUCAUGAAUUGAACGGCCCUGCCGUCCCCGGAGACAACCCUCUGUUCCACUGUGCGAUCCCGACCGACGAUAUCCUGCAGAUCCAGUCGGUGGAGUUGGUUCCUAACCCGCCCAAAGCUGGCCAGGCUUUGAAGAUCAGGGCCUCCGGCAUUCUCACCGAAACAGUCGAGAAGGGAGCCACGGUGCUGCUGGACGUCAAGUGGAACAAUGUGAUCACCUUGGUCCAUCAGACGGUUGAUCUGUGCGAGCAGAUCAAGAAUGUCGACCUCGAAUGCCCUCUGGAGAAGGGUCCCUUGGUGUUGGAGAAGGAGGUGGCCUUGCCUGCGCAGAUUCCCAAGGGUAAAUUCAGCGUCCUCGCCGAUGUCCUCAGCAAAGACGAAGACAAGAUCACCUGCCUGCAGGCCGACAACAUCCAAUUCUAAGCGCGCGAUGAACCCCCGAUCGCUGAUUUACGUUUGCACAGCAUGAUGCCCUGCCUAUCGACGACACUCCAAUUUGUUUUGUAGCGCUGCUUGUCUCGAUAUUUGUUUCUCGUGUGCUCUGUCAAUUUAUGAUCCAUGCAUGUCUCUGUUUUUGUUACUUCCUUGCUUGGUUAUUUGUUUCGAAUCAUGGCGCUUGGGUUUUUGCACCAACGAACGCUAUAUUUAUUCUGUUUCGGUUCCUUGUCAGCCAAUAUGUCCCGGUACUAUCUCGCUCUGUCAACCUGUAUCCCUAUAAUCUCUACCACCAGGGGGAUCCUUUGGAGGCAUCUUAUCUA